UAAGAUUUCGAUUCCAAAAAGAAAAUUUGAAUUGAGAUAAAAUAUUUUUUUAAAUUUUUUUACUUGUAACUUGUAAUUGUAAUGGUUGAAUCUGGUCUACAUCCUCUUUUGAAAAUAUCAAAUCCUAAUGAUAUUAAGAAGUUUUUACAUGAAUGCAUAGAUGAUUUGAUAAAAAAACAUGAUAUAAGUUUUGAUAAUUAUAACAGUGGUCCUAUAGAAUGGACUAAAGAUGACUUUGAAAAGGCAAAACGAAGUGUUCAAUCAUUCUACAAACAAUGUGCCAUAGAAAAUAAAUUCCAACUAAACUCUCAAAAUUUGGAAGAAAAUAUUUAUGAAGCUUUAGAGAGUUGCUAUAAUAUAAGGAAAAAAGAUAUAUUUCAGCAUUUAGCCAAGUCUUAUAUUCUAAAAAAUGGACAUAACUUAAUAGAAAAUAUAGAUUGGAAGUUAAAAUGGGUAUUAGGGUCCUCUGAUUUAACUGUGAUAAAAGAACCUUAUCUUCAAAUUGACUUAAAUGGUAUUGAACUCUGUUCUGGAGAGAUAAAAACUACUUGUCUUUCAUUUGAAGCAAAUUUGGAACAAGUAGAUCAAUUGAUCAAAGAAUUGGUAAAUAUAAAGGCAGAUUUAAAUGCAAAAUAAAUUAUUGUUGAAUGCUAAAAAUUUAUUGAUGGUUAAUAUAAGAGAUUAUACUCUUUUUCUUUUAUUUAUACUUUAUUAUCAUUGUAACAUGCCAUUUAUAUAAUUAUUUGCAUGAUAAAAUAUAAGUUUACUAUGUAUUCAAAGAAAGGAAAUUGAAACUAGACAGGUAAUGUUGUAUUGAAAAGAUCUUGUAAUAUUGAAAAUACCAAUAACAUGCUACAAAUAAAUAGAGAAAUUG